ACACUUACUUUUUCUUUCUCUCUCCUCCUCCGUCUUCUUCUUCUUCUUCCUCUCUAUAUCUUUUCUCUGUGCCUUUUCAGCUUCGCAUCUUCAGUCCACCAUAGCAGCCAGAGGCGUCGCCCUUGGAGUUUUUUCUUCAAGCGUCGUCGUUUUGGGAGGGACUCUCUCUCUCUCUCUUUCUCUCUGCAUAGUACAAAAAAGGGACUCCAACUUCAUUCCAUCACACUGUUAUAUUGUGAAACCUCUUUUAAGCUGCUCUCCUCUAUGUUUUGCAUCCCGAAAUGAGUCCUGUUUGCAUACUUCUGUGACUUUGUGGAUAAGGCCAUUUGACUCGAUCAUUGUAACUAUUAUUUGAGUUGCAUAUCUAGUCAUCAAUUUGGUGUAAUGUGAUAGCUCAUUUAAAGGAAAAAAAUUGAACUUAGAACUUGACUGUUAGUUCAAGCUUGUAACACCAGCAAUGCCUUCUUGGUGGGGAAAGUCUUCCUCUAAAGAAGGAAAAAAGAAAGGGAAUAAGGAGAGUUUUAUUGAUACAAUACACAGAAAAUUUAAGAGUGCACCUGAAGAUAAGAGCAGCUCAAAAUCAGGAGGUUCUAGGAGACGUAGUGAUACUAUCUCAGAAAGGGGAUCUCUAUCCAGGGUUCCAUCCAGAUCACCAUCUCCCUCCACACAAGUAUCAAGAUGUCAAAGUUUUGCAGAAAGGCCUCUUGCCCAACCGCUUCCCCUUCCUAGGACACAACUUUCUAGUAUUGGCCGUACCAACUCUAGCAUUAGUACAUCCUCAAAAUCAGAACUUGAUAGGCGGUCGAAGCCAUUGAUGGUUUUUCCCCUUCCAAAGCCUGUUUGUCUCCUUAUUGCUGAGGGAGAUUUAGCAACUGCUUCUGUUUCUAGUGAUAGCUCCACUGACAGUGAUGACCCAUCUGAGUCACGUUUAAUAAGUCCCCUCACAUCUGACUAUGAAAAUGGAAAUAAAACUGCUCUGAACAGCCCAUCAAGGGUAAUGCACAAGGAUCCACUCCCUACUUUAAACCGAAAGAACUCAAAGGAGACGUUGAGGCCAUCAAAUCUUCUGUCCAACACCCAGACUUUGUCUACACCACCUAAAAGGCAACUUGCAAGCAUGCAUAUGCAAAAUUUGCAAAUUCCAUCACAUGGUGCUUUCUGCAGUGCUCCGGAUAGCUCGAAAUCAAGUCCUUCUAGGAGUCCUAUGAGGGCAUUUGGUACUGAGCAAUUUCUGAACUCUGGGUUCUGGGCAGGAAAACCAUAUCCAGAUAUAGCUUCUGCACACUGUUCUAGUCCAGGUUCAGGUCAUAAUUCUGGGCAUAAUUCAGUAGGAGGGGAUCUGUCAGGGCAGCUAUUUUGGCAGCACAGCAGAUGUAGCCCUGAGUGUUCUCCUAUACCUAGCCCCAGAAUGAUCAGCCCUGGUCCCAGCUCAAGGAUACACAGUGGUGCGGUCACCCCUCUGCAUCCACGUUCUGGAGGAACAGCUGCAGAGUCACCUACAGGCAAGCCUGAUGAUGGGAGGCAACAAAGCCACCGGUUGCCCCUUCCUCCAUUAAUAACCACCAAUAGUAGUCCUUUUUCUCCUACGUAUUCUGCCUCAACAACUCCGACAGUACCACGAAGCCCUGGUAGGGCAGAAAAUCCCACAAGCCCUGGUUCACGCUGGAAGAAAGGGCGGCUUCUUGGAAGGGGCACCUUUGGACAUGUAUAUCUGGGCUUCAACCGUGAAAGUGGUGAAAUGUGCGCCAUGAAGGAAGUAACUCUGUUUUCUGAUGAUGCAAAAUCAAGAGAAAGUGCACAGCAGUUGGGGCAAGAAAUUGCUUUGCUAAGUCGGUUACAACAUCCAAAUAUUGUGCAGUAUUAUGGAUCAGAGACAGUUGAUGACAAAUUAUACAUAUACUUGGAGUAUGUAUCGGGUGGAUCUAUUUAUAAACUGCUUCAAGAAUAUGGCCAGUUCGGUGAAUUAGCUAUUCGUAGUUAUACUCAACAAAUUUUAUCGGGGCUUGCAUAUUUACAUGCUAAAAAUACUGUCCACAGGGACAUCAAAGGAGCAAAUAUAUUAGUAGAUCCCAAUGGUCGUGUGAAAUUGGCUGAUUUUGGAAUGGCAAAGCAUAUUACUGGGGAGUAUUGUCCGCUGUCAUUCAAGGGAAGCCCCUAUUGGAUGGCACCCGAGGUUUUCAACAAUUCAAAUGGUUGUAAUCUUGCUGUUGAUAUAUGGAGCCUUGGGUGCACUGUUCUGGAGAUGGCUACAACGAAACCACCUUGGAGCCAGUUUGAGGGGGUUGCUGCAAUGUUUAAGAUUGGAAACAGCAAGGAACUUCCUGCAAUUCCUGAUCAUUUGUCAGCAGAGGGAAGGGACUUUGUGUUGAGGUGCUUGCAGCGGAAUCCCAUGAAUCGUCCCACCGCGUCAACGCUUUUGGAGCAUCCCUUUGUUAAAAAUGCUGCCCCAUUGGAUAGACCCAUUCCUAGUGCUGAGCCUUUUGAAGGACCAUCAUCGGGAACAAUUGCAGUGAGAUCUUCGGGCAUUGGAAAUUCGAGAAACUAUUCAAGCAUAGAUUCCGAAGGGAUGGGCAACCAUCAGUCUAGAGGCUCGAAAUUCGGUACAGUGUCCAGUGAUGCGCAUUCGCCGAGGAACAUAUCAUGCCCUGUUUCUCCUAUCGGAAGCCCACUUCUAUAUUCUAGGUCACCACAACAUAUGAGUGGAAGGUUGUCUCCAUCUCCCAUAUCUAGCCCUCAUACUGCCUCCGGCUCCUCCACACCUCUCACGGGUGGCAGCGGUGCCCUCCCAUUUCAUCAUCCUAAGCAGCAUACCUAUGUUCAUGAAAGUAUGGGGACAAUCCAGAGGUGUCAAAGUGGUUUCUAUACAAAUGGUAGCACUCCUUAUCACGAGCCAAAGCCUGAGCUUUUUCGGGGAGUGCAACAAACCUCUCAUGCUUUCCGAGAUAUGUUUUCUUCAGAUAAUUCCCCAAUUGUAAAUCAGAUGGGGCGGCCUACUCCUGUCGAGUUUUAUGAUGUACAGUCGGUUCUGGCUGAUCGUGUGUCUCAGCAGCUCUUGAAGGAUCAUGUAAAGCUUAAUUCAUCCGUGGAGUUCAGUCUGAGCUCACCAAUGCUGGACCGGACAAACGGCAUCUGAUUGUUUCACUGAGAUCCCUGGUCAGAGCAGAACUUGGCUUUGAUGCUUUUAGGUCGGUUUUAUAUCUCUCACUCAUUGCAGGAAGGUCCAGUUUGUAAGUUAUGAGCCAAAGUUGGAUGGAUCUCCAAGAGGCUUUGAAGCUAUUGAAACUGUAAUUUGCCUAUCUGCUGCUGCCUCAGAAAAACCUGCAUUUGGAAAUUCUUUACCAAGGAGAACCUUAUCAGCCACUGGGAAAAGAAAAAUGUAUAUUUUAAUCACACCUGAAAAAAAAAAAAGAAAAAAAAUUAAAUGAUCCAUUACCAUUUGAACCCAGAUAAUCAUCCUUUUUUUUGGUUUCCUUUUCUGGGAAGGAGAAAAGGGCGGCAACAGCAGCAAAAGUUGAUUGUACAGAAUGAUGGAAACAAGAAUUUGAAGCAGAGUUUUGUGAAGAAGGAAGAAGGGUUAACAUUUGCCAGGCUUGUCUGUUCAUCUCUUCUAUGGUUCAUAUAGCAGAUCACUCCAAACUCCUGCAAUGGGCUUGGCUGGUCUUGCUGAUACUGUUGUUGUACCUAAACUAUAUUUGCAUCAAAUACAAGAAAUCUUAUUCA